AUGGCUGCAAAGCAUUUCAUCAACGAUGGCGCAACACUCGUCCAAGAUGCCUUGCAUGGAUUAGCUCUGUCUAACCCUUCUUUGCGUUAUGAUGAAGAUAUCAAAGCUAUCGUCAAUCCCCAUCAUGACGGGAACAAAGAUGUAACAAUCAUCUCCGGGGGAGGAGCUGGACAUGAACCCUCUUUUGUAGGUUUUGUUGGUGACGGUUUUCUCAGUGCCGCCGUUUCGGGAUUAAUCUUCGCCUCACCUAGUGUGCACCAAAUCCAAAGUACAAUUUCUCGAGUAGGCGGGUCCGCUGGAACCUUGCUGGUCAUCAUGAAUUAUACGGGUGAUGUACUGCAGUUUCAUCUAGCUGCUGAAAAGGCCCGACUUGCUGGUUUUGACACUGCCGUGCUGGUGGUGGGGGAUGAUGUGUCGCUUGGUCGACGCAAGAGCGGCAAGGUUGGAAGACGAGGCCUGGCAGGUACCGUUCUCGUUGAGAAGAUUCUCGGAGGUCUGGCCAAGCAAGGCAAGAUGACACUCCAGGAACUCUACAAAGCCGGCCAAGAUGUCGUGAAAAAUCUUGCCACUGUUGGUGCUGCGUUAGACCAUGUCCACAUUGUGGGGAAACCGGCAAUGGAUUCGACAAAAUAUGUUGAUCAGGUCGAACUGGGCAUGGGAAUUCAUAAUGAGUCUGGGUGUUAUGUGAUCAAAUCCCAACCCGCCAUUUCAGACCUGGUGGAUCAGAUGUUGGACAAAAUCCUAGAUCCGAAUGAUUCGGAUCGGGCGUAUGUCUCAUUCUCUCGUGACGGAAACAUCUGCCUAAUGGUAAAUAACCUGGGAGGUAUAUCGAAAAUUGAGUUUUCUGCUAUGACAAAGGUUGUUGUCGAUCGACUGGAGCGGCGAGGCAUUAAGCCUACUAGAAUAUAUUCUGGCUCUUUCAUGACUAGUUUGGACGGAAAAGGAUUUAGCAUCACGCUUCUGGAGGCUACUUCUCAAAUGCUCGAGGCUCUGGACGCACCAGCUACCACCCCAGGAUGGAGCAUCACGCCAAGGCCCCAACAGGCUUAUGGUGAAGAACCAUGCAAACAGGAUACCGUUGAAACGAGGACCGAGGAACUUCGGUCCAGGCCCCCCCUCUUUGCUGAAAGGUAUUUACCUGACAAUUCUUCUUGGGUAGUUGAUGAACGCGAUCUGCUGAAGUCCCUCGAGCGGGCUUGCAAUAAGUUAAUAGCGGUCGAGGCAGAGAUUGAUGGAUUCGACUCGAUUGUGGGCGAUGAAGAUUGCGGUUCGACACUUGCGCGAACAGCCCGCGCCAUUCUUCGGGAAAUGAUCAAUAAAGGUGAUCAUACCAGCGAUAGCGGAGAUAUCAUCCAGACUCUUGAAGUUCUGGCAGAAGUCGUGGAGAACAAUAUGGAUGGUACCUCGGGGGCGCUUUAUGCAAUCUUCUUAAACGCUUUAGCUGCAUCUCUUUGGGACAUCAGCUCGAAGUUGCCAGAGAGGAGACUGGUUGAGCGUUCGGAUUGGGCUCAGGCGUCCGGUAACGCACUCCAAGCUGUGCGUCAAGCUACACCAGCGACUGUGGGUGAUCGUACUGUCAUGGACGCUCUUUUCCCCUUCAAAGAAUCAUUGCAAUCCGGUGCAUCAGUAGCUGCAGCUAUUUCUGCCGCACAAGCGGGACGCGACAGCACAAAAGGCAUGACCGCUUCUCUUGGACGCGCGGUUUACGUGCCCGAGCAGGAGUGGAGCAAGGUUCCCGACCCUGGGGCAGUAGGCCUGGUGUGUCUUUUGGAGGGAUUGUUAAGUAAGUGA